AUCGCACGGUACACCAAUCUCGUGGACCGGCUUGUUUCUUGCACUCUUCUGGUGUCCACAGGUGGGUACGUGGAGGUGGUACUACUGAUAAACGAGUUGUACUCGCAGCAGCUCCAACAGCAGCAGCAGCGUCGAUCCGUUUUUACGAUCGCACCACGCCGGUUCAUUUGCGUUGAUAUCGCUGUACGGUUCGCAUCUCCGAGAACAACCGCAACAACAACGCAACCAACAACGGUGACGUCGUCGUCCGAGAUGGUUCAGUUGGUGGAUCAAACCGUCGUCGCGUCGUCCGUCCGUCGUGUAGUCUAGAGAGAAGCUCUUGAUUUGGUUGGCUGGUUGGCGUACUCGCGCGCGCACGCGUGUGUCUGAUCUAGAGUACCUAGUUGGUGCAAUUGAAAACGAAAGUGCGGAUUGUCGGUGGCUGGCUGUUGGAUAAGACAAGAAUGCGGUUGUUGCGGGCCGCUCUGGUGGCGCUGUUUGUCGUCGGGAGUGAAGUUCUGGCCGCUCCGGCUGCGGUGGGCGUCGCCGAUUGGGAUCGUGACCGAAUUGAUCCGCUGAAGUCGGAGGACUCAUUCAGCGAUGACGUCAGCCGAACGAAGCGAAAAUUCAAACCGGAAGAUAUGCUUGCUGCCAACCUCGUGAUAACGAAAGCCCUGCAACAGAAACCCAAGCAACAACCUUCACAGGUGGCGCCACCCUCAGCCAAACAAGCUCGCCAAGCACCGGAAGACACGGAAAAUGAUGUGGAAACGUUCGACGAGAACGAUAACUUCGGUCAAGGCGAAAAAGUAUCGUUGAAAAUUCCCGAUCGAUUGUUCGGCAAUGCCACCAAUGUGGUUCUGGCGGUGGCGAAAAUAUUCGGAGACUUUAUCACGAACACCGCAAUCCGUUCGGCGCGUUUCCUACAACUCUUCCAGCCGCUGUUUGGACGCAAUCUGCAUAUUCAGAUUCCAACGACCACAACGGAGUCAAACGAAGUUUGAGAUUGAGAUUGUUCUAUUUUAAGAAUUUGUUACGUAAUUGUUUUAAUUAUAGACAGACACAACUAUUUUUAUAUACACUUUCAUCAUCAGGAUAUAGUCCAAGAGGGCAGUGUGUCAUCAGUGCAGUUGUCGUGCGCACGAUCUUUUUAUUCGAUAUAUGCUAGACGAUAUUUAAUAAAAUGAUCUACCUAGGUUUAGCUUAGCGUUAAAUUUUC